CAAAAACGUCUCCAAAAUUGGGUAACAAUUAGAAAAUAUUUACUUCAAUGUGUGAAGAUCCUUAUAAUUAAUUAAGAUGAAAUUUUUACACAAAUGAAGAUUGGCACACUGGACACGACCAUGCCAGAAUCAAAAGUGACCGGAAAAGAAAAGAUAAGAAGCAAAGGAAUUUUAUCACAAGGACAAGGACAAUACUGGUUUUUAAAAUUUAAAUACUGAAUCUGUACUCUAUUCUAACAGGCAACCAACCAUACAUACGGAAGAAACAUAGGGAACGAAACAAACUGUUAUAACUAACGCGGACCCCUCCCGAAACGCGAAAAAGAAGGGGGUGGGGGGAGAACGUGGACGUGAUCCGGACGCGUAGCGAAAUUUAGCGGGCUUUCAUCGUGGCGUUUUCGAGAUUUUCGAGAAAAACACGAAUUUGAUGGCUCCUUGCUUUAAGUGCAACAAGGGAUGGAACUGUACCUGUGUCCUAAUGUCUGCAUCCCAAUGCUUGCGUCCCAGUGUCCGCGUCCCAAUGUCUGCGUCCAAAUGUUCGCGUCCUAAUGUCCGCGGCUUAAUGUUUGCGGUCUACUGUGUUGCGGUCCAAUGUCUGCAUCCUAAUGUCUGGCGGCCUAAUGCCCGAUCCCGAUACCACAAAUGGUAGUAACAGCCAACAAUAUGUGUGCAUAAAGAGCACAAAUCAAGCACUUGUCUUAUCACUGUACCUAUAGCAGUUAUAACGUUGUCUCCCUUUAUAGGAAUAGGACAGAAGGUACAAUAUAAAUUUACGUACGAAUGUAACCUUGAGUGUUACAGAUAGUGUAUUUUUGCAUUGUAAGUAAAAAGAUGUUUCAUUUAUUAUCACCCAAGUUGGUAUAAGAUACCUCUAUAUUUACCUGUUAAGUAAGCAAAAAAGGAUAGUUAGAAAUAUAAAGUAACAAUCACGGUUAGAAAUGCAAUUUUAUUUCGGAUGUAAAAUAGAAUAGGAUGAUAGGAUUAAUAUACGUAUGUAUAUUCGGAAUGAGGUAAAUUAAAUGAGUCUUGGUAAUAAAAUGAAAGGGUGUCGUUAAAUACGUCUAUUCUGUACCGAGAUCAAACUGACAAAAGUCGUCGUGUUAAAAUGGGUUUAUUAACCGGUACUUCUUUUAAUACGACCACCCCAGUGCUCGUAAAAUAUAUCCAAAAACUACAAUGCCAAAAUCAGAGCUAAUUCCAAUUAAUUCCAACUUACGUACCCGAUUAAUAAAUGGGUUUCGGAUUGCGAUAUAGAUAAAAGAAAGAUAGGUAAUUAAAUUAACACAUAUGGCAUAACUUAAAAAGGGUAAAAAGCCCUGCGCCAUUCCCGUAAAGACGCUUAAAUAAAUAUUUUAAACAGUUUUAGCGGAAAAUGUCCACUACCGAAAUCAACAUUUUUCGCAAAAAAUCGACCUGUCAUUUCAACGACCAAAGUAAAAGUGAUAUGUUUCACAAUACCAUAGAGUAAAUGACAAUACUAAUAGUGCCAACUGCCAACUACUACAAAAACAAUAGAGCGCAUUCUAUCACAUCCAGGACAAUUCCAAUUGGAAUCUCUACGUUUCAAUUACGUACACGUAUAUGGAUAUGGUCGGUCCUCUUUGUACAAACCUAGGAUACAUGGAACGCACUUACGCACAUCGACCGCUUCACGGCUUUUGGCCAAAAGCUAUUCCCAUAAAUAAUCUCCGCCGAGUCCGUCGCAUUUUUUAAGCGAGUGGUCGGUGGAUGGCAAGAUUCUACUACUACAACGAAUGCAGAUUACAGUUUACCCAUUUAACAAGGUCUUAAGAGAAUCGAUGGUGAUCGUUCCACCACCACCAACACGAUUCACACUGAAUGAGUGGUACCUAAAUAAUCGAAUUCGAUAUCGCGCGUGUCUCGAUCAACAACAACUUGCUGACAAAAUACUAGCAGAAUGCGAAAGGGGUCAAGGUAUUAUAGACGAAGUAACGGCGCUGAAUAAGCGCGAGGUCGAUCAUCGAAUUACAGAAAAAAUUAGUGAUAUUCAAUUUGUGAAGGAUGAUAUUGUAAAACAAAGGAAGGAGGUGUGCAUUGAAAUUGAUAAUCUUACAACAUAUAACGAGCGUAUUAUCGACGCAAUGAAUGCCUUGAGGGAGGAAGCCUUAAAGAUAUGCAAAAAGUGUAUUAUCUUUCGCGAGGGGCGAGUUGGAAUCGACCUAUGCCACGACGAUGUUGAACGAGAACUGAUCAAAGAAGCAGAAAUGAUAGAAGCGUCACAAGCAAUGUUGCAACGCGUACUCGAACAGGCAAAUGAGCAAAUACGUCGUUUAAGGUCGACAACGUACUUCAUGGAUCGUGAUUUGGAAGACAAGGAUAAUGUCACAAAGAUCGAUUACCAAAAUAUGAUAAUCAAUGAAAGAAGUUUUAAUCUUAGCAUGUAUCAUGGAUUUACACCAUUAGAUCCAGCUAACAUCACUGCUGAAGAAUGGCAACAGUAUACAUUUAAAAAUUUGGAACGAGCAGCAAAAGAAAUAAAUAGCGCACGAUCACUGAGAGCGUAUGUCGAUACAUUUUUGAAACAGGUCAUCGAUGAUUUGUGGAGUCAAUAUCACGUUGUUAAUGAAGCGUUUCGUAGAAGAAUUGAAGAAAUUAAAGAGGCCAAGACGAAGUUAGAAGUCAUGCACAAUGAGACAGCAAGGCAAGCGAAUGAAAUGACACGUAACAUACUGAAAUUAGAGAAGUCGAUAGUUGAAAAAGAGGGAUACAUGGCUCUGGCACAUACAAGAUUAGGCCGUCGAGCGCAACGACCGGGGAUGGAAUUAUGUCGGGACUUGGUCGAGACCAAAUUAGUGAAUGAGGUUAGGGAGUUGAGAGAAAAUUGUUUCAUGCUGCAGCAGAUGCUAUCAGAGGCUCAGGCGUCUUUGAGAUACCUACUGAAAACCCAAAUACAAUUAGAAGAAGAUAUUAACGUUAAGACAAACACUUUGAAAAUUGAUGAAGUCGAUUGCAUGACGCUGAGACAAAGCAUGGAUUAUCACGCAUAUUAAUAUUUAUACAAUAUUUAUUUUACAUA